AUGGAUUCGAUUAACGAAUUAUUGGGCUGCAAACCGCUCAUUUAUAUUAAAACGUCAGAGUUGGAAGUGGGAAAGCGGUACCACAUCACUGGAGGCGAAAGAAUGAAAACACGAUAUGGACAGACUAUCGUCGUGGAUUUGGAGGGUACUAUGCGGCUAUCUUUACCAUCGCGCUAUAGUAAAUGUAGCGAUAAUGUGUUGGACGACUUCAAUACAGGGAAGUUGCAGCGGUGCGGUCAAUUCCAAAAACUUGGAAUUCCAUCUUCUUAUAUAAUAGACCAUGAAAAUGUAGAUUUAGAUAAGGAAUGCGUUUUGUAG